CUAACUUUUCCCAAUUCGCUCAUCACUUAGCGGUAACAUUUAUAUAUUAUCAUAUUUGUUUUUUUUUAUCCCUUAGAGCUGUUCCCGCAGCCAGAAUUAAAACGAUCCCAUAAUCCAGCGGUAGAAGGUGAUCACAUGACCCUGACAUGUGACACGAGCCUCAGUCGGCACAGACAGAGGACAGAACUGCAAUUUGCUUUCUAUAAAAAUAGACAGAAUAUUCUGAGAUUUGGUUUAUCUAACCAAUAUGGAGUCCAGUCUGCUCUGCUGAAGGAUUCUGGGAAUUAUUUUUGUGAAGUGAAAACAUCUACCACCAAUGUACUAAAGAGGAGUCCAAUGCUCCAUAUACAAAUACAAGGGAGACCAUCAAAAGAAGAUGGAAAAAAUCCAGAAGGGAACAUUCCCAAGAAUCAUUCCACCCCAAACAAACCAAAAGAAGAAGAUAAAAAUUCAGAAGGGGACCUUCCUCCGAGUUAUACCACCCCAAACAAACCAAAAGAAGAAGAUAAAAAUUCAGAAGGGGACCUUCCUCCGAGUUAUACCACCCCAAACAAACCAAAAGAAGAAGAUAAAAAUUCAGAAGGGGGCCUUCCUCCGAGUUAUACCACCCCAAACAAACCAAAAGAAGAAGAUAAAAAUUCAGAAGGGGGCCUUCCUCCGAGUUAUACCACCCCAAACAAACCAAAAGAAGAAGAUAAAAAUUCAGAAGGGGGCCUUCCUCCGAGUUAUACCACCCCAAACAAACCAACUGAAGAAGAUAACAGUUCAGAAGGGGAAAUUCCCAAGAAUUAUACCACCUCAAACAUUAUACGACUGGUGUUGUCUGGGUUCAUUGUAAUUGGGGUCGUUAUCGUUCUUUAUUGGCAUAUAAAAAUGUAUUGUAAAGAGGAGAGGAUCGCUGCUACUACCACCUUAUCACUAAGACCCUGUGGGCAGAGUGAAAUGCACUAG